GACGUUUUGCCUUGCUUACUUGCCCGAUCCCGAUAGUCUGCUGUCUGUCCUGUCAAUCUUUCGUUUACCAGAAAUUCUGAGAUACCUGUGGUGUUUUUUAAAAUUGUAUACACAAACCUUUGUAAUAUAUUUGGGAGCAACGCAAUUUGUGACUGUAUAGAACACUAAUGGCAUUCAAACGUGAUAAAAAAGAGGAGGAGGAUGGUGGGGGAAAUCCGUUUCAAAACCUUGAUAAAACUAGCGUUCUUCAAGAAGCAAGAACAUUCAAUGACACUCCUGUAAAUCCAAGAAAAUGUACACACAUCCUUACUAAAAUUCUGUACCUACUAAAUCAGGGAGAACAACUGGGCUCCACCGAGGCGACAGAGGUUUUCUUUGCUAUGACAAAGCUGUUUCAGUCACGGGACGUUGUGUUGCGACGGAUGGUCUACCUCGGUAUCAAGGAACUGUCGUCUCUGGCAGAGGAUGUGAUCAUCGUCACUUCCAGUCUGACCAAGGACAUGACGGGACAAGAAGAUCUUUACAGAGCAGCGGCUAUUAGAGCCCUUUGUAGCAUCACUGAUUCCACGAUGCUGCAGACGAUAGAGAGGUACAUGAAGCAGGCUAUAGUGGAGCGUAACUGUGCAGUCAGCAGUGCGGCGCUGGUCAGCAGUCUGCAUCUCACACGUGUGGCCAACGACGUGGUCAAGCGAUGGGUCAACGAGGCUCAGGAGGCUGUCAACUCAGACAACAUGAUGGUGCAAUACCACGGGCUGGGUGUUCUCUACCACAUACGCAAGACUGACCGCCUCGCUGUCACAAAACUGGUGGCCAAGUUGACCAGAAUGUCUCUUAAGAGUCCUUUCGCUGUCUGUAUGCUGAUCCGUAUCGUCUGCAAACUGUUGGAGGAGGAAGGCGGUGAGUUUGCUGACUCUCCGCUGUUUGAAUUUGUCGAGUCAUGCUUGAGACACAAGUCGGAGACUGUGAUCUACGAGGCUGCCCAUGCCAUUGUCAAUCUGAAGCAGACGACGCAGCGAGAGCUGGCUCCAGCUGUCAGUGUGUUACAGCUGUUCUGCAGCUCGCCCAAGCCUACCCUGCGCUUUGCAGCCGUACGCACUCUCAACCAGGUGGCAAUGUCACAUCCAGCCGCAGUGACAGCCUGUAACCUAGACCUGGAGAAUCUGAUCACAGACUCCAACCGAUCCAUCGCCACCCUGGCCAUCACCACCCUGCUCAAGACUGGGGCGGAGUCAUCCGUGGACAGACUCAUGAAGCAGAUAGCCUCCUUUGUGUCGGAGAUUAGUGACGAGUUCAAGAUUGUUGUUAUACAGGCAAUACGAGCGCUGUGUCUCAAGUUUCCCCGCAAACACUCAGUUUUGAUGAACUUUCUGUCAGCCAUGUUGCGAGAUGAGGGAGGUUUGGAAUACAAAGCCUCCAUAGCAGACACUGUCAUCACUAUCAUAGAAGAGAACCCUGAUGCCAAGGAAACUGGCCUGGCACACUUGUGUGAGUUUAUCGAGGACUGUGAACACACCAGUCUGGCAGUGCGGAUAUUACAUCUCCUAGGCAAGGAAGGCCCUCGCACUAGACAGCCUUCCAGGUACAUCAGGUAUAUUUACAAUCGAGUUAUCCUGGAGAAUGCAGUAGUCAGAGCGGCUGCUGUGUCUGCGAUGGCUCAGUUCGGUGCUGCUUGUCCUCCUCUAUUGGAUAAUGUUCAGGUGUUGUUGGCCAGAUGUCAGAUGGACACUGAUGACGAGGUGAGAGACAGAGCCACAUACUACCACAGCAUACUGCAGACAGGGGACAAACAACUGAUCAACCAAUACAUUCUGGAGCCUCUGCAGGUGUCGCUGCCCAGCCUUGAACGUUGUCUGCACCAGUACACUUUACAUCCGAACCCAGAGCCCUUUGACAUAUCUACAGUCCCAGCGGCAGCAGUCAACCCUGUUGAAGAAAAGGCUCCCGCUGAGGGCAUCGUUACACCUGCCCCCAAAGUGCCCGUUCCGAGGGAGGAGUCGUUUGCUGAGAAGCUUGCGGCCGUGCCUGAGUUGGCUUCCAUUCCAGGACCUCUGUUCCACUCCUCUGAAGCUGUACAACUCACAGAGUCUGAGACAGAAUAUGUUGUCAAGUGCAUAAAACACAGUUUCCCGCACCAUCUUGUGUUGCAGUUUGAGUGUUUGAACACACUGAACGAAGUGCUACUAGAAAGAGUAAGAGUUCAGCUGGAGCCCAGUGAAGGCUAUCAGGUAGUCAAGGAAGUGGCCUGUCAGAAACUGGCGUACGGGGAGAAAGAGAGUGUUUAUGUUGUGCUGAAGUUCCCUUCACAGCUGUCUGCUUCCAUCGGAACUUUUGGUGCUACUCUCAAGUUCAUUGUAAAAGACUGUGAUCCAGCUACAGGUUUACCUGAUUGUGAAGAAGGCUAUGACGAUGAAUACAUGUUGGAGGACGUGGAAGUGACGCUGGCAGACCAGAUACAGAAGGUGUCCAAGGCCAACUGGGCGGCCGCGUGGGAGGAGGCUGGUGACCCAGCCAGUGGCUACACAGAGAUGGAGGACAUGUUUGCACUCACCAGCAUGAGUAGCAUCGAACAGGCGGUGAGCAACGUUGUCAGCUUUCUGGGACUGCAGCCUGCCGAGCGCAGCGAUCGAGUCCCACCGGGCAAGUCUUCACACACACUGUUCCUUGCAGGUGUUUUCCGAGGAGGCUAUCAAGUAUUAGUGAGAGCCAAGUUGGCACUAGGAGACGGAGUCACUAUGCAACUCACUGUCAGAUCCACUGAACCUCAGGUCGCGGAUCUGAUCACAUCCACCGUAGGAUAGAUGAAUAUCCCAUAGUUCUUUGUAUAAAUAAAAUAUAAGAUUAAACAUGUUAUAACUUAAA